AUGCUAGCGUUGUGCCGCAGCAUAUACGCCCAAACCAUCUCGGGGACUACGGCCGCCCCGAAGCAUGGUCCAGCGCGUGACGGACGACUCCCACCGGCUGCUACGGAUGCGAGACUGCCCGUACCGUGCAUCAUGCCUGUGCUCAAGGCCGCGGCAACGAGUGCCAUGGACCCAAAAGUUGCAAAUGCCCGGAAGCCAUCGGAGGAACAGGCACUCGCGAGGAUGGCCCAGAAGACCGCCGAGGUUAGAGCAGCGAGGGCAGAAAGAGAGAAGACGACGAUAACAACGGCCACAAGCACGACCACGACGAAGAUGGAGGAAGAGCAGGCCGCCGCCACAUCUCCCAGUCGUCCUGCUCCACCUCCACGACGGUCCUCAUUGGCCUCGACCCGCUCCAAGGAGAGGGCCACCGAGAAAUCAACGCCCCCGCCCCCCAGCCGACGCGUCCGUUUCCUCCUCCCCUCGAUGCCCAUCGAGAUUCCUGCCAACGAGGGACCACCCCCUCCCGUCGGCUUCAGAAAGCAUCGAUCACGCCGUGGCAGAAACGGCUCGCCGAGAGACCCCGGUCGUUCUGACCGGUUUGGAGAGGUAUUUGCACCCUCGUCCUGUCGCGCUCCAUCCUUCUUCGUGCUCAAGAUAGACCCCAAGUUCUAA